AUGGCCGGUGCAACUGUUUCUAUCUCAACUUCACCUUAUAUUGCAAUGGGUCUUGCACUUUUCUAUGAUGGUUUGAUUCAAAUUUUGGCUGGUUUAUUUGAAUUGAUCUUAGGAAAUAAUUUUCAUGCAUUUAUAUUUUGUUCUUAUGCUAGCACAUUUAAUUUUCUUAGCGGCGUAAUCGAUACCAGUGUACAAUAUAAAGCAUUAAAUGUUUUCUAUGUUGGAUGGACAAUAUUUACAUUAGCUAUGUUAAUUGCAUCAAUUCGAAUAAAUGUAGCUUUAAUAAUAUUUUUAUUUUUUUUUUUUAUGUCAACUGAUGGGUUAGUUACAGCCAGUUACUUUCUUUUAUGGGAUCAAAAUAUGUCAUGCGUAGGAGGAGCUGUUGGAAUAUUCACAGCAGCAAUUGCGUGGUAUGCAGGAUUUGGAAGUUUAAUCAGAAAAGGUGUCAAUUCAUAUUUCAAUUUGCCAGUAUUCAUUUUAUCACCGCGAUCUCAAGCAGUUUUGACUGAAGAAUCGACAGCUGAAGUACAUGAACAAAAAAUAUAA